CUGUGAGGCCGUGGGCAGCCUGACCACCAUCAGCUGGAAACGCUUCUCUUCAAGCACUGGAAGCACAAUGACCAUCAACAGCAAGAUGGGCAAGUUUGAGGUGUUCCCGAACGGCACUCUGUCCAUCCAGAAUGCAAACAUCAAAGACCGUGGUCAGUACCUCUGCCUGGCUGAGAACGAGCAGGGGUCGGACAAGCUCCUGGUCACCCUGUCCGUGGUGGCCUACCCCUCACGCAUCCUGGAGCCCAAGGUACGGGAGAUCAAGUCCCACUCAGGGAAGACAGUGGAGAUGAAGUGCAAGGCRGAGGGYCGCCCCACCCCUCUGGUCUCCUGGAUCCUGGCCAACCKCACCCAAGUCAGGGGCCACAACUCGGRCYCCAGAGUGUCAGUGACCCCAGAGGGCACUYUGCUCAUCAAGCAGGUKUCUGUGUAUGACCGGGGCCACUACAAGUGCAUCGCCAGUAACCCAGCAGGAGCCGACACUGCCACUGUCAGACUGCAGGUGGUGGCAGCACCUCCUGGCAUCCUGGAGGCCAAACGACAGCAGGUCCAGGCCGGUGUGGGUCAGAGCCUGUGGUUACCCUGUACCGCUCAGGGCAGCCCCCAGCCCACCGUGCACUGGGUCCUCUAUGAUGGRAYGGYGGUGCKGCCCCUGAAGCCCUCUGUGGACCCCAGGGUGUCUGUGUUCGCUAACGGGACGCUCCACCUGACCGAUACGGCCGGCACGGACAGUGGGAAGUACGAGUGCAUCGUCACCAGCUCUACAGGGUCGGAGCGCAGGGUGGUGAYGCUGACGGUGGAGAAGAAGGAKAUGGCUCCUGAGAUCGUGGAGGCAUCACACCGCAGGACAGAGCUGGCGUAUGGGGACCAGCUGAGGCUGAACUGCUCGGCCACCGGGGACCCCAAACCCAGGAUCAUCUGGAGACUGCCGUCCAAGGCUGUGGUGGACCAGUGGCACAGGAUGGGAAACCGGAUCCAGGUCCUGGACAACGGCACCCUGGUCAUUGACUCUGUGAGUGACAAGGAUGCUGGGGACUACCUGUGUGUGGCGCGCAGCAAKGUGGGAGACGACCUCCAGYUCAUGAAGGUCACUGUGUCCAUGAAGCCGGCCAAGAUCGAUCCCAAGAUGUACGGCAAGAAGCAGGUCCCCUACGGCAACGACCUGAAGGUGGACUGUAAGGCAUCUGGAACCCCAGAGCCAGAGAUCUCCUGGGGCCUGCCGGACGGCACCAUGGUCAACAGCGCCCUGCAGUCAGACAGCAGUAGUGGAGGGGGACGCGCACGGCGAUACAUCCUGUUUGAAAAUGGCACGCUCUAUCUUAAUCAGGUGGGCAUGGCGGAGGAGGGAGACUACACGUGCUACGCCGAGAAUCAGCUGGGCAAGGACGAGAUGCACGUCCACAUCACCGUGGUGACGGCAGCGCCACGAAUACGUACGCCCAGCCGGACCUACGCCCAGGUGAAGCCUGGUGGCAAAAUCCGCUUUGACUGCGAAGCCACGGGCGAGCCCAAGCCCAAAAUCCUGUGGAUGCUCCCUACUAACGACAUGAUCGCAGCCUCCAACGAACGCUAUCUGAUGCACGUCAACGGCUCCCUGGACAUCCAGGAUGUUAAGCUGGUGGAUGCUGGGGAGUACKUGUGCAUGGCUCGYAACACCGCCGGGGAUGACAGCAAAGUUUACAAGAUGGAUAUCGAUGGCAACCCUCCGGUGAUCAACGGCAACUCCCAGAACAGGAUCGUGGUGAAAGACACGGCCACCAAAUACUCCAGGAAGUUCAUAGACUGCAAGGCCACUGGAGACCCGCUUCCCAAGAUCACCUGGAUCAUGCCAGAUAACAUCUUCCUGAACGCUCCGUACUUCGGCAGCAGGAUCAACGUCCAUCACAAUGGAACGCUCGAGUUCCGGAACGUCCGKCCGACAGACAUGGCGGAGUUCAUCUGCAUGGCGAGGAAUGACGGAGGAGAGGCAGUGAUGGUGGUGCAGCUGGAGGUCACUGACAUGCUCCGAAGGCCUAUCUUCAAGAACCCCUUCAACGAGAGAGUAAUGACCCGUAUGGGGAAGACCACGGUCCUGAACUGUUCUGCAGAUGGUCACCCAACACCAGAGAUCAUCUGGYUGCUACCCAACGGAACCCGCUUCAUCGGGGGCCCCAACCGGGGCUCACGCCAACACCUAGGCAACGACGGAACCUUCGUCAUCUACAACCCCAGCAAGGAGGACGCUGGGAAGUACCGCUGUGCCGCUAAGAACUCGGUGGGCUACAUUGAGAAGCUGAUAGUUCUGGAGGUGGGCCAGAAGCCUUUAAUCCUCACCAGGCCCAGAGGGAUCAUACGCAGUGUGUCUGGUGACCCUCUGUUCCUUCACUGCCUGGCUGAUGGUAGCCCCAGACCCAGGAUCUACUGGACCAUCCCUGGGGGCCACACCCUGGCCAGGCCGCAGGUCCAUGGRCGCCACCAGUUGAUGGAGAAUGGGACCCUGGUGGUCAAGGACACAACCCUCCAUGACCGGGGAAACUAYGUKUGUCGGGCGCGGAACGACGCWGGCGAGGCGGUUCUCACAGUGUCRGUCAUCAUCAUCGCCUACCCUCCCCGCAUCUCCACGGGACCCCCUCCCACCGUGACAGCGAUGGCGRCGGCGCCCAUACAGCUCAACUGUGCUGCCAUCGGGAUCCCAAAGCCAGAGAUUACCUGGGAGCUGCCUGACCGCUCUGUGCUCUCCACGGCGGGGAAAGGGCGGCCCACGGGCAGCGAGCUGCUCCACCCUCAGGGCACGCUGAUCAUCCAGAGACCCACUACAGCAGAUUCUGGCACCUACAAGUGCCUGGCCAAAAACCACCUGGGCACAGACUCACGGGUCACAUAUGUACGUGUGCUGUGAGCACCAGCGCUGACUAAAGGGGAAUAUAAAACCCCUGGACUAUAAACUCUAAACAGACACAGUAACUUCACAGUGCGUSUUAUGAUGUACAAUGUCAGGAAAGACUAUUUUCCCCAUGUGGACUUGUGAGGAGCCGGGUUUGUGGAAUAGUUUGAUCACGGUACAGCUCACAUCAAUCAACCAAGUAGCAGAACAGGAUUAUUAAGAGAAGGAGGAGGCAACGGAGGAAGGGACGGAGGAGGGGACGGAGGAGGGAACAGAGGAGGAAGCGGGGGAAAAAAGAGAAGCUGUACAGAGGAGGGUCUGUUCUUUGCCAGGAAAGUCGUUGACUAGCGAAGGUGUUAUUCUUAUUAUAACAGAGUCAGAGGUCUGGAACGCCACGGCUGGUUCUCAUUUGAGGUGUUUUUAAAAAGGGGCUAGAGGGUGGGUCUUACAAUGAGGCUACGUGUUGAGUGUUUUGACCAGACACUUUACUAUUACACUUUACUAUAAGAGAGGAAGAGAGAAACUCACUAUAUUCCCUCUGGGCACUUCCUCAAUGUUUUAUUUGUUGGGGUGUUUUUAAUGACUGAUUUGCUGCAAUGACAGAAACAUUCUAUUAUCAGAAUGCUUCUAACUAUUUUGCUUUUCAAGACACAUUUCAUAUUUCUUGUGAACAAAUUUUUUAUAAACAGGCAGUAUAUUUUAAUGAAAUCUGCCAAAUAUAAAUUUUUUAUAUACAUUUUACACUGGAUUGUCAURCAGUUUUUCAAAACAAAUGUCUCAGAUUUCUAACUGCUUAUAUUUUUUAAUUUGCCUUGUUAGUUUGUCAUGUUGUUGUCUAUCUUCCCCUCUCGUGGUUUGACAGUGCUUGUAUCAAUACAAUUACAGGAGUUUGAUUGGUGUUAAUGGCGACUUUUAUGGAGGUGAAAUGAUCACCUACACAGUAUUCAGUGGCAUCGUAUGAACUGUCACUAAAAGUAAAUGCGUUGUUGGUUUCAUGUAAUAACAUUCCUUUUGUAACUAUUAUCUACUUUGUGAAUCAAUGGUACGCGGGAGAUGAAAUUAAACCAAAGAUGCAAUGUG